AUGCCAUCUUUGGGGGCGAGAGACCUGGUGGCCCGGGCCAGCAUCAACCAUGUGCCGCAACCUCAAGCCGGAAAGGUCGUCAGUAUCAUUGUCGCCUUGGUAUCGGCAUGCACUCUUGCCAGUCUUUUCGCUUUACGAAUCACGACUGUAAAAGACUGGAGGAUACUUCCAUGGACUAUGUGGCUUGUUACCUUCAUAUACUUGUUCUCCUUCAUAUUCGUCUUUGGAACUUCGAUCCUUCAGUUUGGAUUCGGUACGGACCUCAACUACGAGACCUGCUCUGCAGCAACACUUUUUUGUUUGGGUGCCUAUGUGGCUACAAAAUUCAUCUAUCUAUUUAUGGUGGACCGGGCACACAUCAUACGUCAAACAUCAAAGCCGCGUCUAAAGUCAAAGCUUUAUUUAGUAAACUCCUUCGGCAUGCUCGGAGUAUUUGUCAUUAUCGUUAUUAUGAACUUUAUCUUCCGCAUCACCGAUUUCGUUGAUGGCAUAUGUGUUAUCGGUUUGGGCCGAGGAGUGGUUCUUCCCCUUAUUUCGUUCGACGCCGCUGUCAAUGUCUAUCUUACUAUCCUAUUCCUCCUCCCUUUAUUGAGUCUUCAUUCCGUAAAAUACAACUUCUGGAAGCCGUGGACGCUAGAUUGGAGGAAUCAACGAAUCCCGCGAGCUCCCCCCAAUGUCAGACUACGCAAACUUGUGGUUCGAACAUUCAUAGGUUCCUGCUGCACACUUCUUAGUAGUGUGACCAACCUCACAGUACUGACUGCAUUGAACGGAGAGGUUGCGUGGCUGUGCUUGCUCUGCUGCAACACAGAUAUUUUCUUCUCAGCUCUUGUUAUGAACUGGGUCACCUCACCCGGGCAAGAGUCAACCCUUCGAACCCUUACACGGCCAUCACGUGGGGUGUCAACACUCCGACCCGAUGACGAUCAGACUUAUCCACUAGACCCUGACGGCAACAGCACAGGAAAGGCUUGGGACCCAAGAAGAACACCUACAUCAACCACCAUCGGGUUACAGUCAACCGGGAGUCGCGGCGACAAUGUUGAGGACGGAGUGGAACUUCAUGAACAACAACCUAAAGGUCAUGAUGAUCCAGAAGCAUUAAAUCACGAGAUUCAAAGCAAACACAACAGUCUCGACAAUCACCAUGAAGCCGACGACCGAGAGAAGCCAGAGCUAAAUUCUGAGUGCUCUGUAAUAAGAAAGGAAGAGGGAUCUGGGAAUUCACAAAUAACAACGAUAUGA